GCGUUCGCCUUCCGUUCCCGUUCACUCCGGGCGCCAUCGGGGGCGGUGCGUCGGAGCCAUGGCUGCUGUGAGCCCCUGGGACCCGGCCUCCGAUCCUAAGGGCGCUGGGCUAUUUCUGGACCGCUUCGUAACUUCAGGGUUGGUCGCUCAGGAGAUGUUAAACAUAUCCAAGAAAACGACUUCUUGUUUUAUGAACUUCUCCAGACUACAGAAGAUCACAGAUAUUCAAGCUGAAAUCUACCAGAAGAAUUUGGAAAUUGAACUCCUGAAACUAGAAAAAGAUACAGCAGAUGUUGUUCAUCCUUUCUUUUUGGCUCAGAAGUGUCAUACUCUGCAAAGCAUGAAUAAUCAUUUGGAAGCUGUGCUAAAAGAGAAGCGGUCCCUCAGGCAAAGACUGUUGAAACCCAUGUACCAGGAAAACUUACCUAUUGAAGCUAUUUAUCACAGAUAUAUGGUAGAUUUGCUGGAGUUAGCUGUGACUUUCAUUGAAAGAUUAGAAACCCAUGUUGAAACAAUUAGAAAUAUUCCUCAUAUAGAUGAAAAUCUAAAGAAAAUGAGCAAGGCUUUAGCAAAGAUGGAUAUUUUGGUGACUAAGACAGAAGAAUUGGCAGAGAUUAUACUCAAGUGGCGGAAACAACAAAAGGAAGUUUCCUCUUGUAUCCCCAAAAUAUUAGUAGAAAAAAAUCUUCAUAAGCAUGAUAUAAUGCCUCCUUUACCUUUUACUUCUGAAGUUCAUGUCCAAACUCUUAGUGCCAAGUAAUCAACUUUAUUUUUGCUUAGUUAUAUAUAAUCAUAUGAAGUCCAUUUCUAGUUGAUUUUGAGAUGAGUAUUUAUAGGCUUCUAGCAAUACUGAAAGAGCCUUCUUGAUACUGUAGUAUCGAAUUAUAGGUCCAUUACAGCCCAACUGACUUUGUUAUAUAUUUUCAUUCCACUUUUCAGUAAAGCUAGUGAAGAUCAAAUAUAAAUCAUGUCUAUAAAACACAUGAACUUAUUUAUGUCUUUGUAUUUUUGAAUCAGAGUCUCAUUCUGUCACCCAGGCUGAGAUGUAGUGGCACACUCAGCCACCACAGCCUCG